AUGGAUGAGAAAAAUUUCACCAGAGUGAAAGAAUUUAUACUUCUAGGGUUCACAGCAGACUUGUGGUUACAGAGAGUACUCUUUGUCAUUUUCCUCACCAUCUAUGUCAUCAGUUUGUCCGGGAACAUCACCCUGAUUUCUCUGAUCGGUGCUGAUUCUCAACUCCACACACCCAUGUAUUUCUUCAUUGGAAAUCUUUCCUUCCUGGAUCUCUGGUACUCUUCUGUCUAUGCCCCCCAAAUCCUCAUGACCUGCGCUGCAGAAGACAAAAGCAUCUCCUUUGCUGGUUGCCUUGCUCAGUUCUUCUUCUCGGCUGGGCUGGCAUACAGUGAGUGUUACCUGUUGGCCGCCAUGGCUUAUGACCGCUACACGGCCAUCUCCAAUCCUCUGCUUUAUUUCCAGGCGAUGUCUUCGAGGUUAUGUACUGGUCUUGUUGCAGUUUCAUACUUUGGUGGCUUUCUCAACUCAACCCUCAUUACCAGUGAGACAUUUACCCUGAGCUUCUGUGGGAACAAUGUCAUUGACGAUUACUUUUGUGAUCUACCUCCCCUUGUAAAGCUGGCCUGUGACGUGAAGGAGAGCUACCAGGCUGUGCUCUAUUUCAUACUGGCCUCCAAUGUCAUUACUCCCACUGUGCUCAUCCUCGCCUCUUACCUCUUCAUUGCUGCUGCCAUCUCAAAGAUGCGCUCCACCCAAGGCCGCCUCAAGGCCGUCUCCACUUGUGGCUCUCACCUGACGGCUGUCACUUUGUACUAUGGCUCUAUUCUCUUCAUUUACUCCCGACCAAGUACCAGCUAUGCCCUAGAAAGGGAUAAAGUGGUUUCAGUCUUCUAUACAGUGGUCAUACCAAUGUUGAAUCCCUUGAUUUAUAGCUUAAGAAAUAAAGAUGUUAAAGAUGCCUUGAAGAAAAUGUUAGAUAGGGCAACAUUUUCUUAA